UGGGUGUCACGUGUUCCGCCCAGGGGCGCGGCGGAUUGGUCAUUAGUGAAAGGUCGGCGCAGGCGGCGGCGGCGGCAAAAUGGAGGCCGCUCUGUUCAUCUUCUCCCUGAUUGAUUGCUGCGCCCUCAUCUUCCUGGCGGUGUACUUUAUAAUCACGCUCUCCGACUUAGAAUGUGACUACAUCAACGCCCGCUCCUGCUGCUCCAAGCUGAAUAAGUGGGUGGUGCCGGAGCUCAUCGGUCACACGUUGGUGUCUGUGUUAAUGCUCGUGUCCUUGCACUGGUUCAUCUUCCUCCUGAAUCUACCUGUAGCGGUGUGGAACAUCUACCGUUUUAUUAUGGUGCCAAGUGGAAAUUUGGGGGUCUUUGAUCCGACUGAGAUCCACAACCGGGGACAACUCAAGUCUCACAUGAAAGAGGCCAUGAUCAAGCUAGGAUUUCAUCUACUGUGUUUCUUCAUCUACCUGUACAGCAUGAUUUUGGCCCUAAUCAACAACUGAGAUCCAUCGGCACGGCAACAAGCAGCGGACCUUUUAAACGGGGGAUGAGCCAAAAGGAACAAGUAAAGACGAGGAGAUUGUUGCACGUGGUUUCGUGCAGAGUAUUUUUUUUUUUUCCUUUUUUCAUAUUUGAACUCCAUAAU